AUGGCCCCGUUGAGCAUCAUGCAGCCACUGGACUUUGCAUCGAAGCGAGUAGCUCUUCAGCGGUUGACAGAACCAGUGCGGAGAUCUCCUCGAAGACUGGCUUCCAAUUCUUCCUCCGAACCACCUUUGUCAGCUGAAGUUGUUUUCUGCCUGCUGGCAGUUGGGAGCAGCUCAUGCCACGCUUGGCCGAAAACAAGAAAAUCUGCCGCCUCUUUGUUCGGCAACCGCCGAGACUCCCUUGCACGCUCACUUCUGGCAGCGUUGCAAACGACGGCGUUCACUCAUGCGCCACGCACCGCAGCCGCAAUAUUGUUUGAAGCUGGCAAGCGCUUCAAAGAUUUAUCAUGGUGGGUGGUUGGUCCGGAGUUCUUGCAACAGCCUUUUGAACUCACUGAGUUCGGGAUAUUGCGGCGCUUGCGACGUGUUGCUGACCAAGAAGAGGUGCCGGGAGUGGUUUUUCAUCAGCAAGACCCAGGACCUAGAGGGUUGCGGGAAGCCAUUCUGUCUUUCCUCAACAAGUUGGGCGACGCUCAGGAUUCCGCGGUCGUGCUCUUGGACGAAAGCUAUCCUGCUGUACCGGUGGCGGGAAGUUUCAGGUCUACAUUGGUACCAGAUGCUAGCGUAUGCCCAGCGCGUCGCGUGGUCUUCUUCCUGGGUUGUCCCAGAGCAGUGGAUGAGGACCAAGAGGCUGCAAUUUCAUGGGCAGCAGAGAAGGCCAAUUGGCAACUACUCCGCUUUAGCCUUGGCUGGGUGAGCGAAUUCACCUCCAAAAUUGUGAGCCGGAUCAAGCUAUGGCAUGCAAGUGGUGGUCUUCUUCCAGUUGUGGGUGGGCUUCUUUGCAUUGAAAGAGGGACUGUGCACUGGCAACCACCAGCUGAUGCUGAUGGAUUUUUGCAGGAGAGCUAUGGCGACUAUGGUUGGCCUUCACCGAAGAAGGUGGACAGCUUCGAACCAGGUUUGGGACCCCGCAUCCAUUUCGUGGUUCACGUACAGCUUCAACUCAAGGAGAUGAAAAUUGGAGACUGGUCGCCGGCACACUCCCUUGUUGCGCGUUGCUGUUUGGCAGCGCUUUGGCGCGCGCACGGUGCUUACUACCGAUGUUUGGUAGCCUUUGUAUUCCUCCCGGAUGGACAGGGAGCGACGCCAGUCGUUACAGUUUCGCGGAAAUUUGCUGGGCGCUUUAUGGGCAAGGCAGCUACGGAGCACGAAGUUCUUGUGGCCUUAUGUGCAGCCAUUGAUGAUGCCAAGCAAAGACCAUGCACAAAGCAAAAGCCAGUGAAGUGGGCCGUUUGUGUGCGGUGGCCAGAGACACAAGCGGCCUGGAAAACUGUGGUGGCCUACCCAAAGGACUCUGUGGUUGAGCUGGUGAUCAGAGGCUCAAGCUGCUCAGAGAAAUCGAGUGGCAACGUCCUCUAUCUCGCAUCGGCUGACAGUGGCAUAGACGUGCUAGUGGUCCAUGUUCUCAAGAGGCACACCCACCUUUCAGAUGCAUUGCAUGCUGUGCUUCAGCCUGCUGUGGUGGCAACCAACAGCGCGGAAGUCAUUUGUAUCCUCCAGAGUGCUUUAUUGGAUACAGGGCCGGCGGGUCGUGCCCUUUUGGCAAUGCUGCUGGAGAAAAAAGGUGUAACGACAAGGCCGCAAGAACCGCUCAAACCCAAACAGCUGAACUACUACGAGCUGGCUCGGCAGUUCGACUUUCAGGCGCAGGCAAAGGCACUUGCAGCUGCGCAGGCACCUGGAGUUGGAUUGGGUGCGCCCGCCUACCCACCAGUGCCAAGCCCGACCCUUGCACCACCAGACGUUGUCAAGGAGCAGAUUGAUUUGCUGAAACGGAUGUUGCAGGUGAAAGGGUACACCUUAUCAUCCGGCUUGGUUCUUUUUGACCAGACUGGUGGUGGGACAUUGGAUCGUCCCGGGUUCAUGAGGUUUCUUGACUGGGCGCAGGCAAGUAUCCCAGUCGUGGAUCAAGAUGCAAUUUUUCAGCGGUUUUAUGCUGGUCCUGGCCUUUUGAACUACCGCGAGCUAAUCAGCCUGCAUGAGCCUGCACCUGUGCCAACAGGUGCGCCAAUACCACCUAGCAUGCCUUUUGCAGGUGCACCGCCGAUGCUUCCCGCAGCUCCUGCGGUGCCCUUGCUCUUGCCACCAGCCCCUAGCAUAUCCACAACUCCAGCCAUCCCUGCAGCACCAGCACCAUUGCCACUGCCUCAGGCACCUGCCACAACACCAAGCUUGCCGGCUGCACCCUUGCCGCCUGCGGCUCCAGUUCAUUCAACGCCACUUCCAGCUCCACCAAUUAGAAAUGCACCAGGUCCCCCUGCACCAUCGCCCACCGUAGGCCUCACACCAGCUCCUCCAGCUCCCACAGGGCCCACAGUGCUAGGUAGACCUGGUUUGCCAGCAGCACCUAUGCCCCCCGCUCCAGGCCCUCCGAGACCCAUGCCACCAGCAGCUCCUGGAAAUUUGCCUGCACCACCAGGGCCUGGCCUUUCAACACUCGGCAGGCCAAGCCUUCCACCUGCACCAGCAGCUCCACUGGCACCGGCUGCACCACGGGCGCCUGGACUUCCAGGUGCCUCUCCUCCCGUGCCUCCUUCUGCACCUUUUGGCCCCCCUCCAGGCCCUCCACAGCCUUUGGCCCCAAGCGCCCCAGGCCCCUACACUUCCCUUUCAACACACUCCUCACCGCCACCCCCUGCUCCGAGCCGCCCAGGAGCACCAGGGCCACCAGGACCACCAAUCUCAAGCAGGCCAAGCACCUCUAUCUCAACAGCCCGCCCUGGAACGUCCUUUUCGUCUUCGUGCGCUCCAUCAAACCCUUUGCCUCCAACAGCGCCGCCAGGUCCAAGUAGGCCUGGCUCACUAUUAUCUCCAUCUCCUCCACGGCCAGGAACAUCAAUGACCUCCUUUUCCUCCACUUCAGCACCUGGACCACCUCCAGCUUCUCCAGCCGGAUGGUCUCGACCAGGAACCGCACCUCCCCCUCCUGGUACAGGAGCCCUUUCACGUCCAGGCCCAUCAGCACCUCCACCGAGCCCAGGAGCGCUGGGGCGACCAGCCUUGCUGGGCUCCUCACUCUCUAGAGGUUGCCACAGCUCGAUUUCUGCUGCUCCUGCCCCGCCACGUCCGCUCGCGGCAUCUGUACGAUUUGGCUGA